AUGCCGAAAUCGCGACGAGAUAAGACCUAUUCUCUCACCCAGACGAAGAAGCAAGUCGGCCUUGAGCACAAAGAAAAGAUUGUGUCACAGAUCCAAGACUUCGUCAACAGUUACGAGAGAAUAUUCAUUUAUUCGCUGGAGAACACUCGCAACAAUCACUUGAAGGAGUUGCGCACUGAAUUCAAAGAUGACUCUCGAUUUUACCAAGGCAAAAAUAAACUUUGCCAAGUCGCCUUUGGAAAGUCAAAAGAGCUUGAAACCGCAGAAGGCCUUCACAAGUUCUCUCAGAGCUUAGUCGGGGAAACUGGACUGCUCUUUACCAAUAAAAAAGAAGAAGAAGUCGUCGAGUACUUUAACAAGUACAACUCUGCAUCCUUUGCUAGAGCUGGAGAAACUUCAGAAGUAACUGUCAAGGUUCUUGCUGGGCCAUUGCCCCAGUUUUCAUUUGCGAUCGAGUCGCACCUUCGUGAACGACUCAAGCUGCCCACGAUGCUUAAAGACGGAGUUGUAACAUUGAUGAAGGAUUUCUUCCUCGCGAAGGACGGAGAGCCUAUCACUGCGAUGCAGUCUCGUCUCCUCAAACUUUUUGGUUGUGCAAUCACAAGCUUCAACGUCAAGCUAACGAAAGUGUGGAACAAAGAGACCGGAGAAGUAUCCGACGUGAAUGCCGUUUCAUCGUGGGACAAAAGAACGUUCAAUUCUAUUGUCGUCGAAGGAGACGAUCAAAGAUGGGCCUGGUUAGAAGAUGGUGAGAUGAAAGAGCUCAUGAAAAAAUCGAAGAGAGUCGAAGCGAUGGAUAUCGAAGAAUCUGAUAUGGGCAUCGGAGAGAUGUUUUAA